CCGAUUUCUGCUUCCGAUGCAGUCAGUCGUUGCAUCGUUAUCUUUCGUGUUUGCACUUUGCAUCCUACGACCGGGACGGAAUUGUGCCAUUGGGCACUUUCCAAAUGAAUCUCAUCAGACCAACAGUGUGACCGCAGCUGCCGCAUCCAUGGCAACCGAAAAGAACAAAUCGGAAGCGAUUCCGUUGACGGGCAUCGAAGAUAAGCAGCCUACAGCUCUGAUUGGUCACAGCUACGAUGAUGCGCUGAAGGAGGCCGGCUUUGGUCGAGCACAGAUAUGGAUGACCUUGCUAUGCGGGUUCUCGGUGAUGGCCUCGGCCAACGAAUCCAUGGGCAUGGGAAUCAUCCUGCCAGCUAGCCAGUGCGAUCUAGAGCUGGAUCUGUCCCGGAAGGGAGUGAUUAGCGGUGCUGUGUUCAUGGGAAUCAUGGUAUCUACGUACUAUUGGGGUUACCAAACGGAUGUUCGUGGCCGGAAGGCGGUUCUGAAGGUGACGCUUCUGGCGGCAGCAGCCUGCUCUUUUGUGGCCACGUUCGUGAAUCAAUUUGAAGUGCUAGUAGUGUUGCGAUUCAUAGUCGGGCUGUUUAUUUCAGCUCCUGCUUCGGCGGCCAUCGUGUACUUGGGAGAGUUUUGUCCUUCGACGAAGCGAGGACAAAUGAUUGGCUAUGCCUGCGCUCUUGGAGGCAUGGGAUUCGGAUACGUGGCAGUGUUCGGCUGGUGGAUUCUGUCGUACGAAUGGACGAUUGAGGUUACUGAGUUCUUCACGAUACGACCUUGGAGGAUGCUUUUCCUGGUGAAUACUUUACCCGGUUUUGUAUCUGGCUUGGUAUUUUGCCUGUUUCCGGAAACUCCGAAGUUUCUGCUGUCUCAGGGUAAAACGGGAGAAGCGCUGAAAGCGCUUCGUUGGCUUCACAGGCAGAACAAAGGUUACCGCGAGCGAUUCGCAGUGCAGAAGCUUCAGUGUGAUGUCAAACGGCCGGUAGCGAUGGAGGCUGAACCGGAACAAAAGUCUAGCAUUCUUAGGAAUCUUUGGACGCAAAUUUCGCCAUUGACUAAGUUUCCACAUUCCUUGUACUUGGUGGCCUGCAGCAUACAAACUGCUACGGCGUACAUUACGUACGGUGGUCUUGGAGUUUGGUUCCCUCAGAUAAUGAACAUUGUGUUCAAAUCGGAAGUGACGACUGGAGCUAAGAUCUGCUCAAUAAUUCAAAUCAAUCCGCCCGUCAAUGCUAGUUCAUCUAACAUCACCAGCCCUAUAGAUGUCUCAGAUUGCAAUGACACUUUACAGCAGGAAGUCUUCAUCUACACCCUUCUUUCCGGACUUAUGUGCGGCGGUUAUAUGCUUCUGAGUUCCAUAAUCCUCAGUAAACUCACGGAGAAAACGAUGAUCUACAUCAACAUGAUCACCGCUGGUUGCGCAGGCAUCGCACUCCAGUACAUCACCCAUUCCUACGUGGUGGCAGCACUGUUCUGUGUGCAGAUUGUCGCCGCCGCCAUGUGCAUUGUUCUGGUCCGUUCGAUCCAAGUAGCCGCCUUCCCGACGCAGGUCAGGGCAACCGCCAUUUCUUUGACCAAUCUAGCAGGCCGCGUCGGACUGAUAAUCUCCAACGUCGUCACCGGCCUACUGAUCGUCCAACAGUGCACCUUUACACUGUACACCAUAGCAACCCUACUGUUUGUGAGCGCAGGGUUGAACGCAUUGCUUCCCUGACGAAUGCCGCCUCCAACACUUCGCUAAACACCGUAAUCUCCACCCAGCGAAUGGAAAGUGAAAAUGAUGAACAUUCGCAGCCCGAUCCAGAAGAAAAGAUAUCAAUUGGAUUCACUUUCAUCCGCGAACAACCGUGAAAUAUGAAUGUUUUGACUGGUAUGCGACCAGAAAGGGAGAAAUCCACCCAUCAUCCGGCAGACAAACGAAGAAAAAACCCGAAUCGCAUGUUUACACGCUACAUUUCAAUGUUAUAUUUAGAUUUCGUUUUUCAAUCUGGUUCCGUGAUUGAUUGGCUUCCGAUGAGGAUGAUUUGCUGAAUCGAGAGCAGAGGCUCGCAUUAAUUUCCGAUAAGUUACGCUCGAUUUGAGCUCGUGCGAAUAGGGAGAACUUUAAAAUUCCGACCCGUUUCUAGGUUAGGAGGAUGAUCCGAACAUUGAUUGAAUAAAACGGUAGUUGGAGUACGGGCUGCUUAUUGGAAAAUUGAA